GCCAUGGCGUCGGUGUCGGGCUGUGACGAGAUGGAGGGCCACCUGCACGUCCGCGCCAAGACGCUCAACGUGUGGAAGAAGCGCCGCUUCGUGCUGACAGGCUCCACGCUGCAGUACUUUUCCAUUGCGCCCGAGGCCAAGCCCAAGACCAUCUCGAGCCUCGCAUUCAGCAGCCUCUCGAAAGCCAAGGCCAAGCUCUCCAAGCCAACCAAGACGACCGACCGCAUCUACGACAUGGCCGGCUGCAGUAUCAAGACCGUGCACGAGUACUUGUCGAGCCGGCCAUUCACGUUCCAGGUCGCGUCGCCAUCCUUUUUCCUGCUCUUGCACGCCGACACGAUGGAAGAGAUGGGCGCGUGGAUCCGGUGCCUGCGCGCUGCGGCGCCGCCCAUCGACCGCCUUCCGUUCGCAUCGCCCACGAGCCUCUUGUCGCCAACCUCAACGAUGAUCAAGGUCGCGGCGCAGUCGAGCGACGACGACAUUUUCGAGUUUGGCAUCGCGACCGCCAUGGACAUCAUCACGUGCCUGCAGCAUGGCCGCUUCCACAGCGACCGCCUCGUCAUCUACAGCUCCACCUUUCUCGGAAAGAAGCAGCUCGCGCGCGGGAGCGUUCUCAUUGCGAUCAACGGCCACUCGGUCAUCGAGUGCAGCUCGAAAGACGUCCAUACGAAGCUCACGUCCCUCGCACUGCCCUCGACGCUGCAGUUUCUCCGGUGUCGACCAAAAGCCGGCGUGCUUCGCUGCCAGUCGUACGAGUCGCUCGGCUCGAUGCUCAAGCUCACAACGAGCGGCACAGCGCUCAUGGGCUGGCGCGACGUCGCCUGCGAAAUCGACGGCGACCUCUUUGUCUGCGCCCGCUUCCUCUCGACCGCCACGCUCGCAAUGGCCAAGUGGAGCCAAUCGAUCUUGCCGUCCGACAAUUCGGUUGGUAGCAGCAGUAGCACAACGUCGUCGUCGUCGGAUGCAUCGCGACCUGUCUCGGCGUCCAAAGCCAACGUACCGCUCGCUGGCUGCUCGGUGCGCCUCGUCCACGAAGUGCUGGCUGGUCGACCGUUCUGCUUUCUGCUCUCACACUCGCCCGCGAACGUCCAGCAAGAAGUACCGCUCCUCUUCCAAGCGAGUUCGCAGGAAGACAUGCUGCAGUGGCUCGGCGCGCUCGUGCAUGCGAUCGACUUGGCCAACGGCGUCGUCGUUGGCGGCGGCGUCAACUGCAGCCCGCUGCCCACAGCGAUCCAGAACGCACACGCGACGGCGUUUUUCCCGCCAGAGAUCGACGAGCAGACCACGAACCCGAGUCUCACGCGUGCCCUCCACGCACAAGGCGACUUGGUGUUUGAGAAGCCUGUCGUACCCAUGGUGACCAACGACGAGCUGGUUCGGCUCCUCCUCUUCUGCCAGCAAGAAGCGCGGUAUACCGAGGCGCUGCAGGUGCUUUUGCAAGAGCCCGCAGCGCGGAGCACAUACUGGCCGCAGCUCUUCGCGUGGGGCCUCGCCACUCCCACCGUUUCGACGCCCGACCAACUCGAAGCGCUCGUCCAUCUCCCAAUCUCCGACGAGGAUGCAAUCCAGCUACAAAAAGAUGUACCGCGGACGAUGUCGUGGAUGGCGUCGUCGGAAGGCGCGCCGCUCAACACUGUGCGCGCUCCGCCCGAGCGUCUCAUGUCACUGCACCGGAUUCUGCAUGCGUUCAUUGCAUCCACGCACGUGCAGUACCUCCAAGGCAUGAACGGGAUUGCCUUCCUCCUCCUCGAGCUAAUGGACGGCGACGAAGUGCGCGUGUACCAGUACUUGGAGGCGAUGGUGCACCACAUUUUGCCGUCCAUUUUCGACGCGAGCGACGAAGUAAGCGCGCUCGUGCAAACGGGUCAGCACCUCGAGAGCAUGAUGCGCAUGUACCUCCCGACGCUGACUGCGCUCUUUGAUGACGUCGGCCUCCCGGUCUUCUUACUCGCGUAUAAGUGGUUUCCGACGCUCUUCUCGGACGUGUCGCUCCAAGCCAACCGCAAGCACAACCAGCUGCAGUACGACACGCUCUUGUGUAUCUGGGACAUUUGCCUCCUCAUGGGCAUCGAGGGCAUGUACUGCGUCUCGAUGGCCCUCUUUGCAAGCGCCGAGCCGUCGAUUCGCGCACUUGGCAGCGGGUGUUUGGCCGAAGAGGUCUCGCACGCGUUCAUCCACGUGCUCUCGACGCUUUCCUGCCACGACCUCAUCCUGCACGUCUCCGAAGUCAUUGAGACGUGCCGCCACCCGCUCCUCUUGCAGUGGCGCAACGCCCAUCACCGCCGCGUGCACCGACCAAUUCACGUCAAGGACCUCGAUACGGGCCAAGUGUUUGGGGUCGAAGGCGCAUACUUGUACCCGCUCGACCACACCGAGCCGCAAUAA